AUGUUUUCAUGCAUUUUCAAAAUAUUGUAGCUGAAGCAAAACCCUGAUAUAUUUUGCUAAGUGCUCAGACUUUUGAGAAUCGAAGAAAAUGGGUUCUAUUGGAGAGGCAAUUGACAUAAAAAUGGAAAUAUUUGAGGCAAAUGAAGAUAAUUAUGGAGGAGUUACUGUGAACAUGCAGAAGGAGGAGCCUAUGGAUUCUCAUACAUUUCAUACUAUGCUAAGGGCUUCCCUUUCUCAUUGGAGGCUAAAGGGAAAGAAGGGUGUUUGGAUUAAGUUGCCUAUAGAACUUGCACAUCUUGUUGAUGCAGCAGUGAAGGAGGGGUUUUGGUAUCAUCAUGCAGAAGCAACAUACUUGAUGCUUGUGUAUUGGAUUCCUCAUGAAACACCUCACACUUUACCUGCUAAUGCUUCUCAUCGUGUUGGUAUUGGUGCUUUUGUUCUCAACGACGAUGGACAGGUGCUGGUAGUUAAAGAAAAAUCUGGAAAAAGCACUGGAACCUGGAAGCUGCCUACUGGCGUUGUUGAUGAGGGCGAGGAUAUAUGCACGGCAGCCGUUAGAGAAGUACAAGAAGAGACUGGAAUUGAGACAGAAUUUGUUGAACUCCUUGCCUUUAGACAAAGCCACAAAUCGUUCUUUGGAAAGUCGGAUUUGUUCUUCAUAUGCAUGCUAAAACCACUCAAUUUCACUAUCCACAAGCAAGAUUCUGAGAUUGAGGAAGCUAAGUGGAUGCCAAUAGAAGAGUAUGCAGCUCAACCUAAAUUGAACCAAAGUGAACUCUCCAAAACCAUCGCAAAAAUAUGUGUAGCCAAGAAACAGAAACAGUACACUGGCUUCUCUGCUCUUCCUACAACUACUGGACAUUCAUCUAAGAAGAGUUAUAUAUACUCCAAUAUAUGAUUAAAUAAUUGAAAUUCUCUUUUAUGCAUAUAUAUGUUUAAAAUAAGGUUGUUGUACGCUUGCAAUUAAAUUUUUGUCAGUGUAUAAGCCAUAUUGCUAUGUGGAAAUAAAAUAGUUACUUGGAUCUGUUUUAGGUAUAGGUGAUGUCUGUUUUGAUUUUCACUUUGUUUUCCUUGUUUUUGUGUGGAAAAAUCAAUGCAAAUAAAGUCAAUGUUUUUGCAAUUACUAGCAA